GUUCCGACCGCCGCGCAGUGUUUUUCCUUCCACUCCACUUUGAGCAGCUCCGUGACUUUCCCACGCCUCCGCCCCGCACGGCUCCGCACAACUCCCUGAAUCAGCAGAACCUCCGUGAUACGCGGAAACGACCGUUUAAAAGCCGCCGUUAACGGGAGCGGAGCCAGUUCCGGAGCGGAGCACCGAUGUCGGGAUGAAAUCACAGCGGGCCUCGACUUUUUCAUGUGGACUAAACUUUUCAGCGGUGCGCUCCGUGCUGUCCGCGGCGGUGAGGCGCUCUGCUCUCCGCUCAGCACUUCGCUUUUAACCGUCUGGAGAGUUGGUUUUUACCGAUGCGCCGCUUUUUACCGACUCUUUUCUCCGUGGAAACUUCACUCCUCAGGAAUCCGACGCGUCAGGGAGCUAGCUAGCUCCUCGGCUAGUUUCUAAGCUAGUUUUCUUUCCUCUCAACAGACAAAACAUUGAGUGAACUCUGCGUUAACGCUGCGUGCGAUGCGUUCAUCACGCGGCUAACGUUAGCCGAACAUUAGCUGUUAGCACACAGGAGUUAGCCUUUCAUGCUAGCUGCCGCGGCUAACGUCCAGACAUGCCGCAGCUAACCGGGGCGGACGGAGACGACCUGGGAGCGAACGAUGAGCUGAUCGCGUUUAAAGACGAGGGGGAGCAGGAGGAGAAGAGGAACGUGUCCUCUGAACGGGACCUGGACGAUGUCAAGUCCUCUCUGGUCAACGAGUCCGAGUCCAGCUCAGACUCGGAGGUUGACAGACGCCCCAGGACAAACCCACAUCUGCAGAGCAGGACCUCACACACUCACCUGUUUGAAGAAGCCCUGAGGAGGCAGCAGCAGGAUGGCAGUCUCUUCCAGCCCCCGCCGUAUGUGGGAUACCCCUUCUUCAUGAUCCCGGACCUGGGCAACCUCUGCAGUCCCUACCUCGCCAACGCAGCUCUGCCACCAAGUGCCAGGACGUACCUGCCGUUCCAGUGGCCUCUGCUCGAUGUCCCAGGAAGAGCAGCAUUACGAGACUCUGCUGCUCCGACACACCUGUCUAACAGCGUGCCGGUGGUGCAGCACCCUCACAUGACCCACCUCCACCCGCUGCUGUCCUACAGCCCGGAGGCCUUCUCCCCUCAGAGGGCCUCACCUGGCUUCUCCCCCGAUGCAGGUAUGUCGAGGACGCCCUGCUACCCGGUGUCUCCUGGAGGCGUUGCUCAGAUCCCUCACCCUCUGGGGUGGCUGCAGGGACAGACGAUGUAUCCCAUCGCAGGAGGCUUCUCACCUGCUGCUCUGGCUGUGAACGCGUCCAGCCUGGUGUCGGGCAACUUCUCUCCACGAUUGGUGUCGACCCCCCAGUCGUCCAUCCCCCACCCGGCCAUCGUCCCCACAGCAGUGAAGGAGGAGCCUGGAGGCAGCAGCCAGCCGGGGAGGUCAGUGGCUGACGUCCCGCAGGAGAAAGAAGAAGAGAAAAGGCCUCAUAUCAAGAAGCCGCUGAACGCUUUCAUGUUGUACAUGAGGGAGGAGCGGCCCAAAGUGGUUGCUCAGUGCAAAGUGAAGGAGAGCGCCACCAUCAACCAGAUCCUUGGACAGAGGUGGCACUCGCUGUCCAAAGACCAACAGGCCAAAUAUUACGAACUGGCUCGGAAAGAGAGACUCCUGCACUCCAAACUAUACCCGGGAUGGUCGGCCAGAGACAACUACGGGAAGAAGAAGAAGAGGAAGAGGGUGAAGAGUGAAAGUCAGUUUGAAGAUCCUGCGGAGGACCUCCCCCCUCAGCUGAAGAGACCUUGUGUACCACCUGAGGAGACGCCUCACACACACGCUCCGCCCCCACAGACUGCGCACACACAGCCCCGCCCCCACCUGUCACAGCCACACACCAUCUCCCACCUGACGCACACACACCUGUCCCAGGCCAGCCCCGCAUCCUCCCUGGACUCCCCGGCGACGCCCACCACUGCGCUGGCUUCGCCCGCCGCCCCGGCGCCGACGCACACUGAGCACACGCACUCCUCCUACAGCGGACACACGUCGCCAUACGGCGAGCAGCUGCAGCCGCUGUCCCUCACCACCAAACCUCACCGGACCGCCCUCCCUCUGAGCCGCGACACCCCCACCUCCUCACCCCACACCGCCCCCUCCAGGUGUUCACCCCCUCCUCCGCCCUUCCUGGUCCCUCCUCCUACCUCCGCUCACCAGUCAGCAGGGAGCUCCCACAGUGCCUUAGCUCUCUCACAGCCGUUCUCUCUCAGAAGAGCCAAUCAGCUGUGAGGAGCAGGAUUCACUUCAUCCAAUCAGAAGAAACACAGUGAUUCGUACCUCUUUUUUAACGCUGUAAAUACGCCCUCUCUUUUUUAAACUUUUUUUAUCAGCACGUUUUAUAUUAGCGAGAAUAUAAUUGGUCAAUAUUUGACUGCAUCUCUAACUCCGUCAGACGCUGUGUUUUUGCAAACUUUUCACUUUUUCUAGUUUUUAUGAACGAUCGACUUGUUGUAAUGAAACGAGGUGUGGCACCGGGGUUUGUUUGUUUUUCACCUGUUAGUUCUGAGUGGUUUUUUUUCUGCUUCUUCUGUGUUAAUAAAUAUUCACUGAGUUCUGA